CGCAGUCGUUUGUAAGGCACAGCUGCAGGAAUCACUCUGUCUGCAUUGAAAGACUACACCUUUGGAUAUUGGAGGUUCCGAACAGGAGGAGUAUGAAGCUGCACCAACACCACAGCAGGAUGUUCCUACAUUCACUGAAGAGGAUGAGGAUAUCUAUGGCGACACUACCUCCUAUAUCAGCCUCUUAGAAGGUGAUAUGCAGCAGCCUAGGGCAUAUGAGAUGGAGGAUGUAUCAGGCCCUUCUCCAUCUACAUCUGAGACAACAUUUCAUGUUCUGGGUUCUGAACCCCAGCAGACUCAUCCUCCUCAACAAUGGCAGUUCAUGCAUACUUCGCAGCAACAAAUGGCACAGCCCCCACAGCUGCACCAACUGCAGCAGAUGAUGCACCCCCCACAACAUCCUCCUCAGCAGCAGAUGAUGCACCCACCACGACAUCCUCCUCAGCAGCAGAUGAUGCACCCACCACGACAUCAUUAUCCUCAGCAGCAGAUGAUGCACCCACCACAGCAGCAUACAGAUCUGCAUCAUCUGUACUAUAUGCCUCCCACUCCUAUGGCACAACAGGAAUCCACACCACCACCCACUGCACCCACCAAUGUAUUGCCAACAGUUCCAUCACAGACAACCUCCCAGUCACCAAUACGGAGAGACACCAACUGUACAACAGGGUCCGGCACAGUCCCAGCAGGAUGAUCUACUGAGGCUCAUACAUAGAGAGCUUAGGGUGUCCAGGCUCCAGCAGCAGCAGGCUUUCAGGAGGAUACAGAGCCAAAUGGACAUCCAUAAUGCCUCACUCGUCCGCCUGGCAGAGGCAGUGGAGAGGCUCGC